AUGGCGUUUCAAAGUGAUUUGAAACCUCUUAUGAAUGGGUACCCAUUGUACCCUGUCAAAGGGUUGAGACCAUCAUCACUGCGCAAAUCAUCCUCCGCCAGCAGCAGCAGCAUCAACAACGCCUGUCCCCCGCCGCCGCCCACGCCGCACCAAGUAAUCCCCGCCAGCAGCAGCACUCCGCCCCACACCCAUCCGCAGUCGCAUCCGCAUCCAUAUCCGCACCAUCCGCAGUACAAGGAGCACCAGCACAGGCGCAGCAGCACCUCCAGUCACACCAGCCACGCGGAAAACUCGAGCGGCUUGGCCACCAAGCCGGCCAUCAAUUUGCUCGGCAAUCACCUCCAGGCCAACUACUUUGAGUUCCCGCCCACCGUUCCCGGCCAGGCGUUGUUGCACCACAGCGGUCGCACCGCAGUAUCCACGCCCUCGCUGAACUUGCAGCACCAUCCCAGCUCCACGUCAGCAUCCGCAUCCAAGUCCACAGUCGGUGGUCAGUACAGUUCGGCAGUUGCAAAGGCAGCUGCCUCCACAGCCUGCGCGCUCCUUGCCACGUGCCACGUGUCCAGAGAUUCCGAUCCCGAUUCCCCCCGCCAUCAGCAGCACCAGAUACAUCAGCACCAGCACCAAAACCCGGAGGACCAGCCGCCAACCGCAAACAAAAUGGGUCGACGCGAGAUAAAGCGCUCCAAUACCAGUGGCUCCACCACCAGAUCCUACGACAGCGGCAGCGCAACCACAAACUUUGUGGGCAAAUUCACGCAGAGUGUGCGGCGAAUCGUGCAGGAUGUGAAGGACGAGGGGGCGCCCAGUGGCAUGACGCGGGACGAGGUGAUCGAGACCAACGAGCGGCUGCGAUCCCUGCGACUGCGCCUGGAGGAGUCCUACGAAACCGCCAAGAAGGCCCUGAUCAACCUCAUGAACAAGUACGGCGACUCCAAGAGCCAGCGCAACAUCUUCCAGCGCUACCCCAUGCUCAAGCUGAUGAUAAAGGAAGUCAUCCGCCUGGAGACCCAGUACUGGACCCUGGUGGACAUCCCGCGACAGGAGAAGCAGGAAACUGUGCCAUCCUACGUGAUGAGGGCAUGCUCUAUUAUGGAGAAGACCCAGAAGUCCGGCGAGGGGGUAAAGACAUCUGCCCGCUUGGCAGAGGAGGCGGCAGAGCGGCGGGAGCGGAUGGAGAGACUAGAACAUAUGACUACAGCCCAAAUCGAGCAUGAGAACACGCAGCUUAUAAACGACUUGUACCGCUUGCUGAAGAAGUAUCUGGGCUUGCGACACCUCAUCCGAGUGCUGAAGGAGGAGUACGGCAGCUCGAAGAUGUACCCGAUAUUCCCACGCUACACCAUGCUGAAGGACAUGAUAAAGGGCAUCAUGCACGAUCCGGACUACAUGGAGGUGUGCCACGAGACGCUGGCCAACGCCAACUGAGCCGAGGGCACCGGAAAUGGCAGGCGUCGCAUGAGUGUCAUUUAAGAGGGCCCAAAAACUAGUAGCAAUACCAAUACAAACAGCAGCACACACGAAGGGAGGCCCCGGGUCCCGUGACCCAUGACCUCGACUCGUGUGUGCAUGUAUGCUGAAUUCGCAUGCGAAUUUCUGAGUGAUUCCAGGAGUGUUUUAGAAAUUUCCGAACAGCUUCUCGCUCCGCCGCGGCCGGCGGAUGGGAGUGUCCUUCACAAAUCUCUUUCGGCCCUUCUUCUAGCCAACACUCAAAGGCAAGCCAAGACAAACUAAUCAACUAACCAACUAACUAACUAUACCCAGAGCCCAACCACCCACCUACCACCACCAACUGAACAAGGAACUAUUUACACUACAUUAUCGGAUACAAACACUUGGAUACUCUUCGGCACUAAAGUGCCAGCAAACAAACUAAAAGGCAUUUAUUUUAAUGAACUUUUGAGAGGAAUACCAUGUAAAACCUACAAGAUACAAAAUACAAGACACAAGAUAUUUACCUAUAAAAAUAAACUAGUGAACAAAGCGCUCAAGAACGAUGAACCAGAAUAUCAAAUGGAAAUCAAACUUUGUGUAAUUUGUAUGUGCUACUUACAACAAACUGAGCCUAGUAUUAUAUAAACCAAGGAAUAUAUACAUAUAAUGUGAAAUAACCACACUAAUCUACAGCAGUUGAUAGGGAGCAUUGAAUGGAGAUGGCCAAUGACAUUAAGAUAACUCUCCGUGUUGGCCUGACUUUUGGAUUUUCAUUUCCUAAGUAAAGAACUGGUCGUUAGCCACUAGCAGAAUAUUGUAACAAUUACCGAAGUGUAUCAGAUUAUAUUAACUAGACCCGCGCCUAGAUGUAUUACUUACCUAGUUAGACAAUAUAAGGGAAAUAUUCCCAAUCGAUGUGAGCCAGUCUCGACACCUUUUAAGGAAACACCAAAAGUCAUAUCCUGUAAACCCAUUGUUGAUUUCCAGUUUUGCCAGUAUUACCCCUACUAUUAGUAACAAGUAAAUGCUUUAUGUGUGUAUCGAAACGUUCAGCUUUAAGUCCUCUUCGCAAACAAGCCGAAAUGCAAAUGUGUAUUUCGUAAAUUCAGUUGAGAUGUGUGUGUUCAUGGCUUUGUUGUUGUACAUACCUGGUAGCUUUGUAAUCCCCCGACUCAAGGACAUAAUGCAAACACUCGAAUACAAAAGACCAAAGGAAAACCUAGACGAGCUUACAACUUUUUACGAGAGCUAGAAACCCGCAAUUUUCAUUUAUGUUACUUUUCGAUGGGAAAUCUAUUUAUUUACUGCUCCAAAAGGUGGCAAUUCGCAGGAGUUCUCGCCACAAAAGAGAGGAGAAACCCUUCCUUACUACUAACUAUAACUCUACUGACACACCCACCGAUACACAGAGCAUACAUAUCUGAAAAUGGGCAAAUCAGAAUCAGAUUCGAAAAGCCGCAGCUAUCAAUGAAAGUGCAAUUGAGUGCAUGAAUUAGUCGAACAAUUGUUUGCCUGUCCAUUAUAUGCUUCGCAGCCUCCGAUUGCCGGUUAAUUUACCCCUUUAAAGUACGCAUUAUUUAACCGCCCGCCUUCCCCAGCGAAAGUAUAGCAACCCUAUGACAAAGCUAGCCUUCAACAACCAAAAGCAAAAAAAGAGCUGCCUCGGCAGGAAAACAUUUAUAGUAAAUAAAUAAAAAUAGAUAAUUGUUGGAAGAAUAGCAAAUUAAUUAUGCAAAAUCCAUACUCUAGAGCGAACUAACAAAAUUUCAUUUAGAUGGUUAGGCCUAAGCGAUGAGUUCCGUUGUUUGUGUAGUUAAAUGUUGAGCAUUAAAUUUGAAUUUGAAAAUGUUGUCGCAAUUUGCAUAUGACGAGGGGGUACAAAUGAUAAAAAAAAAACACCCGAUAUAUAAUAUGAAAACAGAUAACACACAACUAUGCAAUUAUAGCUAAACUAAUUAAAACUAAACUGCAAUGAUCAGGUAUUAAAGUUAUGAAGUUUAAUCAAAAUAAAUUAACAAAUGAGUGCGUGAGCGUGUGUGCGUGAAUGAGGCCAGGACUAGCGCAUUGCAAUAUAGGAUACAGAUACAGGAUGAAACACUUGGGGAGGCAAACAUAAAUACUAUAGUUAUAUAUGGUAAUGGUAUUCGUAUUAUUAUACAACUUAUACACGAUAAACAACAACAUAUACAUACAGACCCACAUGAGGAAACAUGGGCAGUCCGUACUCCUACAAACCAACAACUUCGUACAAUUUUACCUUUUCAACAUCUCAGUGUCUAACAAAAAGCAUUAAAUGUAUCUCCGCAAGGAAGUUACCAAUAUAUUGGAUGUAUCAGUAAAAAUAUGUGUCAAGACACCCGAUAAUAUGAGCAAAUCGAUAAAUAUACUGAUAUGCAAAAGGAAAA